AUGGGCUAUUCAAAGGCCUCUGAAGCUAGUCCACCGCCAACCAGAUCCAGCACCCUGUACAACAAUCUAAGCUUCAUUGAUGAAUCCUGCUACUCAAACGUAAACUUUGCAUCCCUACCUGAGCCCUGGGUAGCCUGUGUUCACCCUCGAGGUUGGCUAUAUUUCUACAACCGCACGCUCAAAGUGGUAACCGACCAAGAUAUUCGUGACCCCCGCACUCUGGAAUUGGUCGAAGCAACCAUUGCAGAUUAUCCGAUAGGCGCCCUUGAAGAUGGCAUGGAGGUUCAUCUCUGUCAUGUUCUGUCCCCUCGCGACUUCGAGACCAAGAAUCUGUUCAGCCUGGCCAUAAACCACAACUCUUGCCUGGCUUCUUAUGACCUGGAAGAUGUCUUGCCAGACAAUGUCUGCCAGCUUGACCCUAAGCGCCAAAACCGCUUCCGCCGAUUUUACUGGAACUACUUGUCCAACCACCCGAGUCAUUCGCCCACCCCAGACAGGGCAAUCAAAGAUGCUAUUGACGCGUUGACCUAUUUCCAUACGGAUAAUUUGAUUUCCGGUGCUAGCAGUACCAGCCCUUUCUCAAAGGCAGAAUGCACUGAACUUUCAGCCAUUGUGCGAGAUUUGGCGGGGACACCCUGCACUGAUUCACCCGCGAAAACUAUGUUCCUGGCCUGGUUUCUUCGAGAGGUGGCCAGCUUUCGAGCGUCAGAAUCGUAUGGAGAGUAUACCUUGAAAACAGCGAUGUCCCUGAAGGAUGAAAAAUUGAUCCCCAAGUCAUCUCGACAGCGCCAACCAAGUCCGGCAGCCAUUAUACUUCUAAAUCUCGUCAUAAAUUGUGUGUUUUUCGGGAUACCCCAUACUUAUUGGGCUCACAUCAAGUCGACUAGUGAAUAUCGCGGGCGUCUCGCAGAAGUCCAGGUCAAGUGGGAAAAAUACAUCGAACGUCUCGUCAGAGAGUAUUCCCAUUUCCUUUUAGUUUCCACUGUGCUUCUUUCGCAAGUCGAUUGUCUGGCUCCUCGACAGGUUUAA